UUUACGCGACUCGCCGUCGUCGAACAUGAACAACAACGCAGCUCCGGGCGCAUCGGAUAAUGAUUGUCGCGUUUCCGGCCUGUGAUUAUGUCCGUACGCGUUAUUGACGCACGUCCGUCGUUCGGCCGAAACUGUUUCGCGUAUACCGUCGCGUCGUCGUGGUCGUGGUGUCCGCGGUCCGCCGGCGCCUCAGCCGUGGUGUUUGUGUGACGUCCAAGACGUCGCCGUCGUCGUCGCAGCAGCCGUCGUACCAGGCAAAAUGUCCAAUGAAAAAUGACUCACUCCAGCCAUCAGACCAACGGUGCCAGCUUGGAGGAUUGCCACACAAACUUCUUCGCUCUGACUGACUUAUGCGGCAUAAAAUGGCGUAAGUUUGUACAUUGUUCAGCUGGUCCAGAAGGACCUCCUGACUGGGGAGGUGGUCCUGGUGGCGGAACCAAUGCCUGUGGCUCGGUGCUUGAGGAUCCUGUGUUAUCUAGUUAUACAAGAUGUUUAACACAUGAUAUGUUGGCUGUAUGGCGACGUGUUUCAUUACCGCCUGCCAAUUCUCAACAGACAUCACUUGAUCCCUUGGUUCCUGCACCACCAACACCCAUACCAGCUCUUCCACCAGCACUUUCUUUGAAAGCAUCGAAAGAGUUGUGGAUAUUUUGGUAUGGUGAAGAACCAGAUCUGACCGGACUUGUUUCUCCUCAACUUUUACUCAAUGAAGGUGAUAAUGGAUCAUGGGAAAGUGGUCUAUCUUAUGAAUGUCGUUCACUUUUAUUUAAGGCACUUCAUAAUUUAAUUGAAAGAUGUUUAAUGUCAAGAGAAUUUAUUCGAUUAGGGAAAUGGUUUGUACAACCUUAUUCAUCUUCAGAGAAGUUAGAUAAUUCGAGUGCGAGUCAUUUGUCAUUUUCUUUUGCAUUUUUUGUCCACGGAGAAAGUACCGUUUGUGCUAGCAUCGAUGUACGGCAACAUUCUGUAGUACGAACUUUAUCAAAAGAACACUUAGCACAAGCGUCUUCUCAACCUCAAAAUGGAACAAAUAUUCAAGUAAUGCUUGCACCAUUUGGCCUUGCUGGUACAUUAACUGGCCAUGUAUAUAAAAAUAUGGACGCUGAAACUAGCCGUAUGAUGGAUGAAUGGAGUCAUUUUUAUCCAGCUGUUAAUAAUAAUGGACCUAAUGAAUUAUCUCCUGCAGUAGAAGUUUUAGUUGGUGGUGUAAAAAUGAGAUAUCCAUCAUGUUAUGUUUUGGUAACUGAUUUAGAUGACAGUACUGCUGAGUUGUAUAAAAAUCAGAAUAAUAAUCAAACAACUCCUCAACAGCAACAGCAACAACAACCACCACAGCUGCAUCAACAACCACAGCAACAAAUACCUAAACAACAAUUGUUUGCGACUAAGCAUCAACACCAUCCAGAUACAAUAAUAUAUGCUUUGGAUAAUGCAGUGGCAUCCAUACCUGAACGAGCUUGGCAAGAUUGUGUGCUAGGACCACUACACACAGAGCAGAACCCCCCAUCCAGACCUGAAUCACCAACUUUAGGUCAAUGGCACUUAUCCGAUCCAUUACAAAAAUUAACAUGUUCCUGUACAAGGUGUAGAAAAAUGAGUUCCAAGCACCAGACACAGCCAAUCGGCACACCAUUCCAUAGACGCACUCCCCUCCCUGAUAUUUUCGUCACUCAGCAGCCGCCACCCGAUGCAAACAAUGCCACCCUCAGGUCUACACGUCUUUGUCCUACAGAUAGUCCUUGUGGGCUGGAUUCUGUACCACCUUUGCCUUCAGUGCCAACCCCUCCAUCAGCUGGACAACCAGCACCACUUUCAAUUCCUCCUCCAAUGCUUAGUCCACAUGAUGAAAAAAUUCCUAUUACACCUCUUUCAGUUGACUUUCAGCCUAAAUCUGUAUCAUCUGUCUCCAACCAAGUAUUUUCACCUUAUCCUUCAUCGGCUCCUGCUAGUCAGGAACCUGUAAAAUCUGGACGAGAAAGUAACUCAGGCACACCUGCACCACCUAGUAAUACUGUAAGCAUCCCAGCAACAACUCCAACUGCAACAACGCCGGUUCCAAUGCAAACACAAAGUUCAAGUGCUUAUAUUACGUUAAAACGACCACAGCUCUCAUCUAAAGAUUAUGAAGCAAAUUUGGUCGAAGAAGAAAUAAUGCCGUCUAAACUUUUAUAUGAUUAUUCUUGUAUUGAUGCUUGGUUAUAUCAUCCAGUAAAGAAGUUUAAGCCAAUUGUACCUAAACAAGAACCAAUCACGAGAAUAAAUAAUGUGACAGAUAAUCCAGCAUCCCCUCCACAAGUAUACAUUAGAAGAGAUACUAGUGUACCUAUUCUUCCAGUUGAACCAUCUGAAAUUUCAAUAAAUAAUUUUAGCAGCUUUGAAGAAUUAAGAAAUAAUGCUCUUAGAUUUAAAGGUGGUCAUUCAGAUCCUUAUGAAUUUGAUGAGGAGAGUGGAGCUUGUUCUAGCAAUAAUAUUAUGAUGUCUAAUGAUUAUAAACUUAAUACUUCUAUGGCUGUGAUGAAGAACGAAGAUAUCAAAAAAGAAUAUGAUCCUGGGUUAAUGAAUGGUAAUAGGUGUACGAAUGAUAGUAUGCGGGAACUUGAUCAUAUGUUUGACAAUUCUGAUGAUUUAUCUAGUGAUGAAGCUGUGGCUGCUUUACAAAUGCAAACACCUCCUGGCUCAAAUAAACCAGAUGAUUGUCUUGGAGGAGGGUUGACAACACUUUUAGUGCGACCGCCAAGAGGUAGUGGUGGUGGCAGUGGCGGUGGUGUGUUAAGGCCUGAAGAAUUAGUUAAAAUGUUUCCAACUCCUCCAUCGUUAGAACACAAUCCUAUAGCAUCUCCGUGUCCUGACAUAGAUCUACUUCCACCUCGUACUUACCAAACAAAUUCUUACAUGGGAAGUCCUCAACAUGAUCACAUAGAUGAUUGGUCGUAUGUGUACAAACCUCCAGCCAUAGCAAAAAUGGUUGGCUCUUCAAAAUACGCACCUCUCACAAAUCUUCCGAGCCAAAAUCUACCCCCGUUAAUAGUACCUUCCAAUUGUGUUUAUAAGCCUUCCUCUUUUGUUUACCACGCCUCGUCACAACCUCAACAAAUACAACAUCAUCCACCACAGCCUGAAAAACCAAAUCAGAUUGUACCUCCUCCGGCAUCUUCCGCUAAUAACAAUUUAUUGCCAAAUAUGAAUCGCAAUAAUCAUUAUCAUCAUCCAAUUAUGAUGAGUCCAUCACCUCAUAGUACACCAUGGCCUGGAGGAGGAAAUCAAUACCAUCGACCACCACAACAACAAAUACAACAACAUCAACAAGUGCCUCCUCCACCAUAUAGUCCUGCACUUUCACAGCAUCACAAUAUAAAUGUUGUACCGACAAAUAUGUCUCCACCUGUACCUGAAGCUAACUCAAUUGUUGUGAAUGUUUUGUUAACUGACUCACUACUAAAUGUCUUCCGAGAUCAUAAUUUUGACAGUUGCACAUUGUGUGUAUGUAAUGCUGGUCCAAAAGUGGUCGGUAAUAUUAAAGGUACAGAUGCAGCUGUUUAUCUCACUCAUACUUUAACUCCUAACGGAUACUCAUCUCAGUAUCAACAGCAUCAUAUGUCUGUUGGAAUACCUGGUGAUGAGGACGGAAUCCGUUGCAGUUGUGGUUUCAGUGCUGUUGUGAACCGCAGAUUAUCUCAUAAAUCAGGAUUGUUUCCAGAAGAUGAAGCUGAAAUAACUGGACUUAUUGAAGAUAUCCCUGCACGUGUUGAUGAUAACUCCAUGAACCCAGAUGUUUUAGAACUAGUUAGGGAACAAUGUGCUGCUGUAAUCUAUAGUUCGUGUAGUUCUCUAGUACGGGCAGCAGCAAAGUUUCCUAUAAACCAUCCUCCACAAACUGCAGCUGUCAAUAUGUUGGAAUUUACUGAUACUAAUCAAGUAGCUUUACUAGCUCUAGAACAAGGGAGAUUGGCUAAGCUGGAAGGUGGAAUGAAUAAUCAUUGGCAAGUUGAACAUCAUCGUUGGCCUGGUCAUCACCAACAGUCAUUACCGCCAUUGAAUAAUAAUUCUCCCCCUGUGCAUAGAUGGGCUUACAGUCAAGCACCAGGACCUCGUAGCAGUAGGCAGCUUAUAAGAGUUAUGAGGACAUUACAACCACUUUUACAAGAAGCUAUUCAAAGAAGAAGUGUAACUUCCCGGUUAUGGGAACCCUACACUGUCACCGGACCAUUAACUUGGCGACAAUUCCAUCGGUUAGCUGGUCGAGGUACCGAUGAUAGAUGUGAACCACAGCCAAUCCCUCCGAUUCUUGUUGGACAUGACAAAGAUUGGGUAGCUGUUGCUCCUUUAGCACUUCAUUAUUGGGAUAAAUUGUUACUAGAACCAUUUUCAUAUUCACGUGAUGUUGCAUACAUAGUUGUUAGUCCAGAUAAUGAAUUUAUUUUACAAAGAACAAGAGCGUUUUUCAAAGAAUUAAGUGCCGCUUAUGAAAUCAAUCGAUUAGGUCGCCAUUGUCCAAUUACUAAAGUAUUACGAGAUGGUAUUCUUAGAGUUGGCAAAUCAGCUGCUGCGAAAUUAGCUAAAGAACCUGUAGACGAAUGGUUCUCGAUGUUGGGUGAAAAUCAUCAAUCAUCCAUGUUAAAAUUAUAUGCCCAAGUUUGUCGUCAUUAUUUGGCUCCACAACUCUCUCAAUUUUCUAUGGAUAAAACUUUAUUGGAUCCACCAGAAGGUAGUAUUCCAAGACCUCCGCCUUCUCCAAUGCCACCACCAGCAUCACUGACACCUAACUCUGUGGAAUCGCCUGUUUCAUCUAAUGAGCGUGCACCCACUCCUAAGAGUGAUGGGUUAGAUGAUUCCUCUAGUGGUUCACAGGCUGAUAAAAGUUUUAAUAGUAAUGGCGAUAAUAGUCACUGUGAAGAGGAUGAUGGUGAAGUACCAGCCAUUGUUAUUUAUCUUGUUGAACCAUUUUCAAUUGGCAAGGAUAGUAGUAACCUUGCUAGGAUUGCUUGCCAUGGACUUUUACGAUGUUAUAAUACAGUUUUGGCUACACUUCCAGAAGCUAUACGAUCAAAUAUUUCAGUACAGUUAAUAUCUUUAGAAAGUGUUUUGGAACUCGGUCGAUCCUCAGACCAUCUUAAAAUGAGUGAUAAUAUGAGAACCUUAGCCCUGUCAGUCUUCAGUCAAUGUAGGCGGUACUUAACUCACACUGCUAACAUCAAAGCAUUAACUGGAUUUGGCACAGCAGCCAUGACUGAAUUGUUCUUAAAAAAUAAAGAUGUUCGUAUAUUUAAAAUUUUCAGUUGGAAAAUAGUUUUGUACUUAAAUGUUUCAUGUGUUUUGUUACAGGAAAAAAGCCGAGCAGCAUAUAAGGCAUAUACUCCCCCUUUUAUUUUAGCUAGUUAUAGAAAUAAUAAAACUGGUCGAACAGAUAGUGGAAUAGCUGGCGAUAAUGGUGGUGGUGAUUCAUUAUCAAACCUUGGUGGAUCCAAUGGGACUGGUUCUCCUUCAGGUACCGAUCAACAAUGUUCCGUGCUUUAUGCCAGUUAUUGUAUAUCAGAAGAUCAAAGGUGGAUAUUAGCUACAGCAACUGAUGAACAGGGAAUUCUAUUAGAAACUGCUACAAUUAAUAUAUAUGUACCAAACAAUAGGCGAAGAAAAUCUCCAGCCCGAAGAGUUGGUUUACAAAAGUUAAUGGAUUUCAUCUUAGGUGUAAUGAGUCAAAGUGUAACUCCUUGGCGGUUAGUUGUAGGUCGAGUAGGAAGAAUUGGCCACGGAGAACUUAAAGGUUGGUCGUGGUUAUUGAGUCGUAAAGCAUUGAUGAAAGCAUCGCGUCACUUAAAAGAAUCUUGUGGCCAAUGCAGUCUGUUGUACCAAAAAUCUGAUGUACCUUCUGUAGUCAGCGCUUGCUUAGUUUCCUUGGAACCUGAUUCUUCAUUAAGACUGAUGACAGACCAAUUCACACCCGAUGAACGCUUUAGCCAAGCAUCUGUUGCUUGUCAACUCUCUACACCGCGUGAUGUUUCAGCAACUCAUAUACUAGUUUUCCCAACAUCAGCUACAACACAGUCCUCACAAACUGCGUUCCAAGAACAACAAAUUAAUGGUCCUGAACUUGGUGAUGAUGAAUUAUUCAGUGCAUUUAAUGAAGAAGAUAUGCAAAGUAUGGAGGGCAUGGGUGAUUUCAACGACAUAUUUAGCACAUGGAAUGAUUCGGACGCUGUAGGAAAUACGAGCUUGGGGCUUCCUAGUAGUGGUGUUUCCGGGGUUUUAGGUGGUCCUAGUAGUAAUGUUAUAGGAGGCGUUAUGGGUUCUGGAUCAUUAGGUGGUUCCAUAGGAAUGAGUCGAGGGUCAAUGGGGACCAGAGGAGACUGUUCUUCUCAACCUGGUAGCCCACCGUCUUCACAACCUUGUAGUCCUUAUACUUGUGGAUCUUCUUCAUACAGAAAUGGUGGUAGUUGUAUUGAUGGCCAUGAAGAAGUGGGAGCAUUACUCCAACAACCACUGGCUUUAGGAUAUCUAGUAUCUACAGCACCAACUGGACGUAUGCCUACAUGGUUUUGGGCGUCAUGUGCACCUGACAUAGAGAAAUGCAGUCCUGCAUUCCUUAAAAGUGCAUUGCACAUGCAUACUGUGCAAUUACCUAAUAAUGCUGAUCCGGCAGCUGCAGAUCUCCUUCAUCCGACAUCUGCAGUUUCAGCACAUCCACUAGAUUCUCAAUAUACCACAGACGUCCUAAGGUAUGUCUUGGAGGGUUACAAUGCAUUAUCAUGGUUAUCAUUGGACUCAAACACUCAUGACCGGAUGUCUUGCUUGCCAAUACACAUGCAAGUACUAAUGCAGCUUUACCACACUAUGAAUGCUCUUAUAUGACGGUAACAUGUUUUUCGAAUAACAUAGUUAAAUUUUUCGUGAAACAUUUCCUCUAUUGUUUCAGCUAAUAUUAGGUCAAUUAAGGUGAUAUUUAAUUAAUGUAAAUUUUUAGCUUUAUUUUAAGAAAAAUAUAAAAAAAAAAAAAUGAAAAUGAAAAAUAACUGGACACCAUUUUAGUGUAGACAAAAUGUUAAUUACAAAUUUUUAACAAAUAACAUGUAAUAUCUAGGUACCAAUGGAUAGUAAAAUUUUUAGGGCAAUUUUAUUUUAAACAGCGCGUUAUAGGCGAAUUGUGAAUGUAAUAAUAUUAUUAUUGUUCUUGAUACAUUAUUUUUUUCUUUUUUUUAAUGACAAUUUCUGUUCAAAUUGUCAAGGAACGAGUUACCAUAAAAUAUUGUGUCGUUUUAAUGGUUGUUCAUAUUUAAGUUUUUUUUUUUUGUAUAAUAUAA